AUGCCACCCAAGAAGGACCAGAAGGGAGGCAAGGCCGCCCCAGCCAAGAAGAAGGAGGGAUCCGGAGGAAAGGCCAAGAAGAAGAAGUGGUCGAAAGGAAAGGUUAGGGAUAAGCUUAACAACAUGGUUCUUUUCGACCAAGCCACUUACGACAAGUUGUACAAGGAGGUUAUCACUUACAAACUUAUCACGCCAUCAGUCGUUUCCGAGCGUCUGAAGGUACGUGCGUCUUUGGCAAAGGCUGGACUUAAGGAACUCCAAGCUAAAGGACUUGUCAAGUGCAUCGUCCAUCAUCACGGUCAGGUCGUCUACACCCGUGCCACGAAGGAAGCCGACAUGUUUGUAUUCCGUGUUUUAAAUACGGUUCCGUAUACGAACAAAACUGGGGCAAAGGACCUGAUCGCGAGUCUUCAUUCGUUUCUGACUUCAAACCUUCUUGUUGGAUUAGCUGUUUUAAUUUCUUGGAAACAGUUUGGUGGAAAUCCGAUAGAGUGUAUGGUUCCUCUCGAUUUUACUGGUGCUUGGGUGCAAUACUCGAAUAAUUAUUGUUGGGCUCAGCCAACUUAUUUUGUUCCAUUUUCAAGUCCAUUAGUUGAAGAGGUCCGUGAAGAUGACGUUGUAGCAGAUGGAAUAGCCCUUGGGUCGAAGAAGGAGCCGAGAAUUGUUAAAAAGGGAGGGGAAAAGAUAUCUUAUUAUCAAUGGAUGUCAUUUUUUCUCCUUUUUGAAGCAGCGUGUUUUCGACUUCCUUGUUUUAUCUGGAAAUAUUUUGCUAGUCAGAGUGGAAUGCAAGUUGGCGAAAUUCUUCGUGUUGCCAGUGACGAAAAUAACGCAGUACCACUUGUCAAAAAAGCGAAUGUCGAUGCACUUUGUAUCCAUUUAAGAGGAGUGUUACGAUUUCAAAAAAGACUCAAAAUGAAAAAUAUCGUGCCUCACAAGUUUUUUCGGUUUCUAAAUUUAAAGUACUCAUCAUAUUAUGUCACGUUUGUGUAUUUCCUGGCCAAAAUUGCAUUUCUCGUAAAUGUUGUUUUACAAAUCAAGUUGCUCAAUGAGUAUAUGCUUCCACGCGAUGCUCAGAAAAAUUAUGGAUUUGAUAUGUGGAAAACGAUUUUUACGGGAGGAAAUGAUACAUGGCGCGAGAAUGGCGUUUUUCCACGAGUAACACUUUGUGAUCUUGUGACAAGAGACAUGGGAAAUGUCCAAACUCACACCAUUCAAUGUGUUCUUCUUCUUAAUUUAUUCACCGAAAAAAUUUUCGUUAUUUUAUGGGCAUGGUAUCUUUUACUGGCUACAUUUACUGCUGCGAAUUUGUUCAGUUGGUUGUUUGCUGUGUUCAACGACACAUUUAACGAACAUUUUCUUUUGAAUCAUUUGGAAAUGUGUGAAACUCCGUUUAACAAGGAUGACGUUGAAAAUCGGGAACACGUCGUUCGGUUCAUGGAAAAAUAUCUUGGAGUUGAUGGUCUUUUCCUGCUUCAAUUGAUUGCUCAGCAUGCUGAUGUUGUGUUCACAACGGAGCUGGUCGGGGCCCUUUUCAAAUCCCACUACGAGAUUGAAGAACAGAGAAAAACCCUGAAGCAAAUGAAUCUCGUUUUACCGAUUUUGCGCGGAAACGAGGAAAUUGCUGUAGAAAGUGCAGCAGCAUCAACUGUACAAAAUACUCCAAAGAGAGCAAUGCGAGCUUCAUUGGCUCCAACUCUCCGAAAAUAUGGAAGUUUCGAAGAGCCUGACCUGCCAACCAAAAAGUUUGAUGAAAGUAGCAGUGAUGACGAAGUUGAAAGCAAAAAAAGUAGCAAGAAGUCAUCGCCAAAGAAAAGUUCUUCUGCUAAUUCUCGUCGCGAAUCUUUCGCUCAACAAUGCGAGUUAUCUCGUAGAAGUUUGAAACAUUCUGAAGGCGAAAAACAGUCUCCAAGUAAACACUGA